UGAAAAGAAAACUAUUAAUUUACAGUUGGGAACACGUCGCUGCAAAAAGGACAUUGAAAACCUAUUUUUUCACUUUAAGACAAAUACGCUUAAAAAGCAAACUGGCUCACGUUCUUCCAAACCAACCCAGUUUGACAGCUGCUCUUCACCCCCUUUGGAGGACUGUCGGCAGCAAGAGGAUGGCAUCAGAACUGGCAAUGAGCAACUCCGACCUGCCCACCAGUCCCCUGGCCAUGGAAUAUGUUAAUGACUUCGAUCUGAUGAAGUUUGAAGUGAAAAAGGAGCCGGUGGAGCCUGAUCGCAACAUCAGCCAGUGCAGCCGCCUUAUCGCCGGGGGAUCCUUGUCUUCCACCCCGAUGAGCACGCCUUGCAGCUCGGUGCCCCCUUCUCCAAGCUUCUCGUCGCCCAGUCCGGGGUCGGGGAGCGAACAGAAGGCACACUUGGAGGAUUUCUACUGGAUGUCCGGUUAUCAACCGCAGUUGAAUCCGGAGGCGCUGGGCUUCAGCCCCGAAGACGCAGUUGAGGCGCUGAUCAACAGCAGUCACCAGCUCCAGUCCUUCGAUGGCUAUCCUAGAGGGCAGCAGUUUGCCGGCGGAGCCGGAGGAGGAGGCACCAUGGGCGGGGAAGAGAUGGGCUCAGCCGCGGCGGUGGUGUCCGCAGUUAUCGCCGCCGCAGCAGCCCAGAACGGGGGGCCCCACCACCACCAUCACCACCACAACGGCGGCCACCAUCACCAAUCACCUGGGGUCUCGUCCAACGGCAGCUCCGGAGGAAACCACCCACACAUGGGACAUUUGGACGACCGGUUUUCGGACGACCAGCUGGUGGGCAUGUCGGUGCGGGAGCUCAACCGGCAGCUACGGGGAGUCAGCAAGGAAGAAGUGAUCCGGCUGAAACAGAAGAGGAGGACCCUAAAGAACAGAGGCUAUGCGCAGUCCUGCCGCUACAAGCGGGUGCAGCAGCGGCACGUCCUGGAGGGCGAGAAGACGCAGCUCGUCCAGCAAGUUGACCACCUCAAGGCGGAGAUCUCCAGGCUGGCCAGGGAGAGGGACGCAUACAAAGAAAAAUAUGAGAAGCUCAUCAGCAACGGCUUCAGAGAAAAUGGAUCCAGCAGUGACAACAACCCUUCCUCCCCGGAGUUUUUCAUGUCAUCCAGAAAAUUCCUCCAUCUGUGAACGAGAGCCUCGCCCCUCCGUGCCCUUGGCCUUGAUGUCUGAGAUAACCUGGCGACUGAACGCUGAUGACUUAAGAGUGACUGAUCAAUGGCUUGAGGAACCCCACAAAGCACAACAUCAUCUAAAGAUGACUUCACUGGAGAAGAAGAAAAGAACCCCUAAAAACCCUGCAGAGAAAUGCUUCAGAGCCUCUUCCUACUCCCACUUCCUCUCCGCUAUUUUACCUCCAGCUUUUUUGUAAGAAAACAAAAACAAAAACAAACAGAACACUGACUCAAAUGAUGAAUCAAGAUGAUUGACAACAUCAGAAGAAUAUUAUGGGAGAAACCAUUUCCUUUGUAGGGGGGGGGGGACGACAAAACUUUGAUGCAUGUUACUGUAAGUAGUUCAUCUAAAACCUUUUUCCCCCAAGUGGGAUCCUCCACUAAGAAGACUCGUCCAAGUCCAGCGUUCCUGAUACAGGAUAAAAUACCCAAGCAACCCACCUCCUCCCUCUGAAAUCCCUUACUCUAUCUUCCCUAUCAGAGGUCAUUGUAACUACCAUUGACAAUAUGUUCCUCGUUUUAGAGAACUUACUUCCUGUAUCAUUUUGGAGUUAGUUGGACUGUAAGACUACUAUAGUGUAUACUAUUUGCAUAAUGAACCAGUCUUCCUCUCCAAUGGACAUAAGUGAUGUACUAUAGCAUGGAUCUGACUUUACUGUAUUCCUCAGUACGCUUGUAGAUCACACAACUCAUAAUUGUGGAUAGUACAAUGAUUACACCUUUUUAAUUCUAGAUUCCUAUCUUUACCAGGCAGUAUUAACUUACUGUAUACCAAGUAGGGCAUUUUGUUGACCUGUACAUUUGACUAAAUGCAUAGAAAUGCAAGUAAUAGCUCAUUGUAUUAUUUGAAUAGCUGCAGACAUAUUAGGGAAACAUUUCUAUAAAGACAAUGGAACUGUGA